UUCGUCAGUCAUACUUUCGGCAAAUAUAAAUGCUCACACUAGCCAAUACAUACCAAGCACAUGCAUGGAGAAAGGUGGCACCUAUUGAAGAGAAACCUGAAACUCCAAUCAGUUUCUGCAACGAACAGGAACUUGAAUUAAGUUGGGUUGCUGCAACAUGACACAUGCUAACAACACUUCUGGUGCUUCACUAUCUGAAACCGAAUAUGAGAUGGUGAAACACAUCAUCGACAUUCCAGACCUUGAGGAGCUAAGGUUGUCGGAGUGCAGCAUCUACAAGGUUCCUUACAAUCUCCGAAAGGUGAACGAGGAAGCCUACACCCCUCAGUGGAUCUCAAUAGGCCCAAUUCACCUCAACAAACAAGAACUCAAGCCAAUGCAAGAGCACAAGAAAAGGUACUUCCACUGCUUCUGGGAGCGUGUCUCAAACGAACAAGCCAUGAAGAGCUUCAAACGCCACCUCGAAAUGAAAGAAGACCAUAUUCGACGAUGCUACGCGGACAAAUUCUCCUAUAUACCGAAGGAGAAGUUCGUGGACAUGAUGUUGUUGGAUGCUGUGUUCAUCAUGGAGCUCUUGCUGAGGAACUGCGAGUGGAAAUCAAACAGUUCCAAGCACGAGCAUGAUUACAAGCAAACCAAAUCGUUUCGAGUGAGACACAGCGAUGAUCUCAUCUUGACACAGUCCUGGCUCAGCAGGAACAUCACUAGGGACAUGAUCCUUAUAGAGAAUCAAAUACCCUUUUCUGUGCUGCAGAAACUCUAUGAUGAUGUUGUCCCUGCUGACAACAAGAAGGAGGAACACUCUGCAGGGUUUGUUGAUCUUGCCAUCGAGUACUUUGCAUUCUAUGACACCCAAAUGUCUUCUUCUGAUGAAACCAAACGUGUUCUUGACAAGAACCGGUCUAGGAAAAACUACUUCAGUGGGGCACUCCUAAGUUCCAAGAAACCUUACAACAAGUCAAAGAGCAAAGAUAGGUAUAGUAAGAGUACAAAACACUUCACCGAUCUGAUAAGGUACUUUUACCUUCCUAGUGAUUGGCUGCGCAGCAGUGGUUGUGCUCUUCAUGUUUUAAGAACCGCAACAAAGUUGCAAGACUCAGGAGUGAGCUUUGAGAAAGAUGUGGAGAGAAGGUUGCUAGACAUAUCCUUUGACAAGAAGCCAAUUCUGAGUUCCUUUCUUUGCUUUGGUUGCUUGCCAUACUUGAACCACUUCAAGGCACGUUUUAGGAUCCCCCAGUUGAAGGUGGACCACACAACCGAAUGUGUGUUCAGGAACCUCAUUGCCUUUGAGCAGUGUCACUAUCCUGAGAAGCCCUACAUUUGCAACUAUGUUUCUCUGAUUGACUCUCUUAUACACACUCAGCUUGAUGUGGAGUUGCUGGUUGAGAAGGAAGUGAUUGUGCAUGAACUUGGGAGUGAUAAGGAAGUGGCGGUUCUCGUUAAUGGACUAAGCAAACACGUUGUGGCAAACACAACGUGUUACUACGAGACUAUAAAUGAACUCAACAAGCACUACCAGAACAUCUGGAACCGCACCAUGGCAGCGUUGUGGUUGGUGUACUUUAGAGACCCUUGGAGAGCAAGUUCCACUUUGGUGGGGAUUGUUGUGCUCAUUUUUGCUGUGUUCCAAUUCAUACGCGCUGCGCGUGCUGUGUUAGGAUAUGAUAAAUCUUAGAUAGAGUUAUUUAGGUUUUGUUUGUGUUAUUAUUGGAAUGUUUAAUUAUGUUUUUCAUAUCUAUAAUACUCUAUUUUUCAAAUUGUUACUUAUUAA